CGGAGGCAUGCGACAGGCAAAGGAGAGCUUCGACCUCUCAGCAGGGAUAAGGAGCUGCAGGUGCUUAGGAAGCGGAAGCGGCACAAUCAGAUGGCCCCGACUCUUCCGCCUCGUGAAGGCUGGUUUUUGUCCGCCCUGGGCACAAUGGAUCGAUACCCAGGCGCUCCGGACCACAUAUACAGGUGGCUACAGCUCGGCCUCAACUGCUUCAUUAUGGGCAUCAUCAUGUACUUUGGGUGGAGCGUUGUGGACGCAGUGCGAUCAGACGUUCGAAAUGCCAACGAGAUGGCCCGGAUGGAGAUUAUGGCUCGCAUCACAGAAUGCCAAAACCACUACACCAGCAAUCAGUGCGCCAAGAGGAGGGACCUGCCAGCACUGCGUGUCUUGUGUGACGACUGGUAUGACUGCAUGUCUCAAGACUCCGACGCCAUUAUGCGUGUCAGAGUCACGAUCAAGCAGAUUGCAGAGGUUAUCAACGAAUUUGCUGACGCAAUGAAUCUCAAGGCAUGGAUCAUGUUUGCCAUAAUUGCCGUCUUCGUCAUCUUUUCCAACGUCAUGCUUGGAUGGGGACGAUCCAAGGCACAAGUGGCACCAGCGCAUCCGCCAGCCUUCUCUCAUGUUCCCAUAAUGGGCCCAGACUCGACGCCAGCACACUUUAGAACGCGGUUCGAGACUCCCAGAUCACAGCGGUAUGCCUUUAUCGAGAACGAUAGAGUCGAUAGUGACAUGUCACUCGGGAAAAUGAGCCUGGGCUCAGGCUUCUCAUACGGCACCGUAGGACGACGCAGCCCAGGCAAGGGAGAACGGACAGCAAGCCCCAGCAAGUACCACCGAAGUCCUGACAGGGGUGUUGAUAGAUUAGGGGGCUCUCUUCGCUGGUAGUAGUGAGAUUAGGACGGCAAACGGUGGACUUUGCUUGCUUUGCAAUUUGAAGGUGUACACUAAGGAAAAGGGCUUGCAUAUUUUUACAUGUGUGGCGUUGGCGGCAAGGCUUUGGCAAGGAUAGGGUCUGAGUAACUGGGAUUAGGAUCGGGCAUCAAGUUUUUAUGGCAAAAGGCAGGCUGAGCAAAAAAGUGUUAUUCAGUAUUUAUGAAAACCGGAAUUCAGAGCAACUCGCGUC